CUGUUAGACUCUUUACGACGUUCCUUUACGGCUGUCGCACUAAACCUAAACACACAGCAUGUCCCGGAACAAGCACAGACGGAACGGAAAAGGAGCUGCCAAGUCUCAGGGUAAAGGACCACCAAAUCCUGGAAAAAAUGUCAAGAAAGAUCCAGGCGUGCCCAACCUGUCACACUUCAAGGAUCAGGCCAAGAGAGAGGCAGAACAGAAGAGGAAGAGGGUAGAAGAAAUGAGGGAGAAGCAGAGAGCAAACCGAGAGAAGGAGGUAGCGAAAAGACGAAGCUUGGAUACCUUUCAAAAGGACAUCCUGAAGAGGCAGAGAGAGUUUGAGCAGAAGGAGGCGGAUCUUAAAAGCCUUGAGAAACAUGAGCAGUUGGAGACUGAAAAUUCCAGAAAGGCUUAUUAUCGAGAGUUUAAAAAGGUGGUGGAGGCGGCCGAUGUUAUUUUGGAAGUACUAGAUGCCAGGGACCCACUGGGUUGUCGUUGCCCACAGGUGGAGCAGGCAGUCGUUCAAUCUGGCACAAACAAGAAGCUGGUUCUAGUCCUGAAUAAAAUAGAUCUGGUCUCGAAGCCCAUUGUGGAGAAGUGGUUGAAAUACCUCCGGAACGAGUUUCCUACUGUCGCCUUCAAAGCAUCCACCCAACAGCAGAACAAGAAUUUGCAACAAAGCAGAGUGCCAGUCACGCAAGCAUCCCAGGAUCUGUUAAGCUCUGGCGCCUGUGUUGGGGCUGAUUCCUUAAUGAAGCUUCUUGGAAACUAUUGUCGGAACCUGGACAUAAAGACUGCUAUAAGUGUAGGAGUUGUAGGGUUUCCGAAUGUGGGGAAGAGCAGUUUGAUAAACAGUCUGAAGAGGGCGCGGGCCUGCAACGUGGGUGCCACACCUGGGGUAACCAAGUGCCUACAGGAGGUUCAUCUGGACAAACACAUCAAACUCCUGGACUGUCCAGGAAUAGUCAUGGCUACUACCACGUCAGAUGCAGCCAUGAUCCUGCGUAACUGUGUGAAGAUAGAGCAACUUAUGGACCCUGUAGGGCCAGUGGAGGCCAUAUUGAGACGUUGCAACAAGGAGCAGAUCUUACAACACUACAAGGUGACAGAUUUUAGAGAUACCCUGGAAUUCUUAGCCAUGCUUGCUAAACGGCAAGGAAAGCUGAAGAAAGGGGGGACACCAGACCAUGACAAGGCGGCCAAAUCGGUGCUAACAGACUGGGUUAGUGGUAAAAUAAGCUAUUUUACUCACCCGCCAGAGACCCACACAAUGCCCACGCACAUCAGCGCUGAGAUUGUUACAGAAAUGGGGAAAGCCUUUGAUUUUGAAGCACUGGAAGCGGACAAUAACGAGUCCUUGUCAAAGAUCCAGGCUGCACCUCAAGGCAUUGCCAUGGAAGCGUCAGGUCUAACCACAGCAGCUCAAGAAGUGGAUGACGUCGAACUAGAUGAAUCCAGCGAGGAGGAAGAAGCUCUUAAUUCUAUGGAAGAGGACGUAGAUCCCGAGUUUGGCCCUAUGACUGUUGAAAUUAAAAGCACCAAAACAAAGUCAAAGACUGAACCUGAACAGAUCCCCAAAGCCCCCAACCUUAACGAAAUCAGAGCGGUGGACCCCCUGCAGCAAGGACAAGCCCUGCGUGCCGCUGGCAAGAGGCGGAAAAAGCUGCAGAAGCGAGCCAACAAAAUUGCUACCAAGCUCUCAGACUCCCUGACUAUGGCCAUGAAUUUCGAGCUGUGUGAUGACUGAAUAAUCGGGGUCCCAGCAGGAUCAGUGCUGCUUCACAAGAAUAGAUUCAACGAAAAGGCUGAAUUGGCAAGAGAGACUCUACUCACUCCGCUCCCAUAAUCUGUGUACAUACUCAUCGCUGGGUUAAGUUUUAUCAAGACUGAGAACUUGCUGUAAUACAAGUACUUCAAGCCAACAAA